AUUUUGCUCUACAAAUGGGCUGUUGAUUCUUCAUCUGUAGGGAUUCCAAGGUGCUGAAACCGUGAGAUGACCAAAGAGACGAAUAUCGUGUAGAUUACGCUCUCCUUGAGAUAAAGCAAAUGCUCACUGCCUAUCCACACAUCAAAACAGACCUACUCACUUUUCAUCCUUGCCCUCCGUAAAAGCCAUGCCGACAUACGUAGUCACCGGCGCAAGAGCCGGCAUCGGUCUCGAAUACAUCAACCAACUAAGCAAAUCCUCCUCUAACACAGUCAUCGCCCUCGCCCGCUCCACCUCCCCUUCCUCUUCCCUCUACCUCUCAGCUCUCGAAGCCAUCCGAUCCUCCAGCGUCGCCACAACGCAUAUCCUCGAAUGCGACGUCUCCUCCGAGGCAUCCAUCGCCGCGCUCCCCGGCCGGCUGUCAGCCGUCCUCGACAAGGGCCGUGAAACGACGCCGGCCAAAGUGGACUUCCUCAUCAACAACGCCGCAACGCUGCAAUUUGCGCACCAGACGAGUUUGACGCUUGAUAAAGAGGGGUUAGAUGUGCACAUGGAGACCAACGUCCUUGGACCGGCGAGGAUGGUACAGGUUAUGAUGCCGUUUCUGACUGCUAAGCGGGGUGACGAGGGUAAGAGCGAGGGCGAGGGCGGAGAGCGGAUCGCCGCGGUCGUCGCAAACAUCACCUCCGGCGCGGGAAGCCUGGGAUGGACCAGCGACGGUCGCGUCGGGAUGCUGGCGGGCUACUCCAUCAGCAAGGCGGCGCUGAAUAUGCUGACGGUGCACCAGGCCCGGGAGUUGCGGAGCGAGGGUGUUGUUGUGGUGGCAGUCGAUCCGGGACACGUCAAGACUGCUUCUGGGGGGCCUGGGGCGACGGUUGAGGUGGAGGAUAGCGCGCGGGGGAUAUUGUCGCUGUUGGCUGGGCUCAAGGUUGCUGAUAGUGGGAGGUUCUUUUUGUAUAAUGGGACUUCUGUUCCUUGGUAGAUUUUUGAGAGGUUUAGUUGUUGAGAUGAAGGGGUUUUCUUUCGGGACUCGACUAGUCGUUUUGUUCUAGAGCGGCGUCACUGUACUUAGUCUCCUGCUCUGGGCUUGUAGAUGAUCGAGAAGUUGGUGGAAGCUUUCAGGGGAGGGCUAAGAACAUGUUUGCUUUCAACUUUCAAGAAGGCGGUCGUCAAACUCUUGUAUUAAGCUUGAAUAAACGUCCCUCUAAAAAUCAAAAAUUCCGUGUUUGAGGGUUCAC